UGUAUUGGUACCACUGUUUUACACCACUAAAGUCGCCAUUUUGAACAAAAGCUUGUAUUUCUGUUGCCGCUGUAGUGAUUGUUCAUUUUUUAAAUAAAAAUAUAAUAAAACUUGAUAGUUAUAGUUCCUUCUUUGAUAGUGUUAUAUUAAACCUCCAAUCUAAUUAAAAAGUUUAUUUUAAACCCAGUUCUCAAUUGUUAAAAUGGAAGAUGGUGACGAUACUACUACUUCUACUCCUGCACGAAGAACUCGAUCAGGAGCUGCUAAAUCUGCUGCAGCAGCAAAGGUCUCUACUCCAGCACCCAAAUCGUCUAGACAAAAACCUUGUCCAUUAUCCAAAAAGACACGCAAGAAAGUAGUACUUAUGGAAGUAGAAGUUUCGGAUGAUGAAGAGGAAGAUUGCAAUGUAGAAAAAAAAGAUAAGGUUAACAAACAAGAAAGUGAUUUGCUUGAACAAAAAACUGAAAAAGUGGAGGCUGCAAAAACAACAGAAGAUGAAAGUGUUAAGGAAGAAAAAUCAAAUGAUGAAAAUAUUGAAAUAAAUGGAAGUGACAAUAAUAGUACUCUAAAAGACACUGCCGAAAAAGAACGGGAUAAUAAUCUGGUACUAAAUGAUGUAGUUAUGUCAGAAGUUGAUCAAGAAAAAUCCAAAUCAGAAAAUAUGGAAAAUUCUGAGAGUGUUGAAAAACUUUCUGGUGAUAUUGAAUCAGAAACCAUGGAUGUUGAGACUAAAGCUGUAGUUGAACAAAGAAGUGAAAUAAAGACAUCAGUUGAACAUAAACAUGAAGUUAGAGAUGGAUCUAAGACUGCAGUUCAACCAGAGCAAAGAAAGACUGUUGAAAACAAAGAUAAAACUGAUAAUAUAGCAAAAAAUAAAAAUGAAGAUACUGCUUCAAAGGAACUCAAAAAUAAAUGUGGAAAUACAAAUGUGGAAGAAAAACAAGAAACUGCAGUUGAAACUAGUGAUACAACAGAAUCUAAUGGAACUGAAGAAAUUUCAGAAGAACCUUUGGCAAAGAAAAUAAGACUAGAAGAAGAGGCAGACAAAGUAGGUAUUGAGGAAAUGAGACUAGAGGAAAAAAUGAUAAGAGAUGAAGUGAAAUCAGAAAAAACUGAUGUGAAACCUAAAGAAAUUCAAGGUGAAGAAUUAAAACUGGCCAUCAAUGUGGAAGAAACUGAAGAAAAGAAAGAAAUUGAAGAUGAGAAAAAUGCAAGUAAAGAAAAAGUAGAAAGUGACAAAGCUGAUCCAGAUGCUGAAAAUAUUUCUGAAGAUGAGCUCCCAACAGUUCAAGCUGUGAAGGUUCCAGAAGCAGAAGAAGUGUCUGAUGAAGAAUUGCCAGGUCCUAAAAGAGCAGAACUUCCUGCAGAUACAGAGGUUGUUUCGGAAGACGAACUUCCAACAGUUAAAGUUGACACUAAAAAAGAAAACAACAAAAGAAAGCACAAUGAAACUGAUUAUGAUCCCGGUUCACCUACUUCGGAAAAUGAAUCACCUACAAAAAAACAAUCAGUUGACACUACCAUUGAGAAAGAGAAAGAAGAAAAACCAAAACCGAAAAAAUUGCCAGAACUGGAUAAAUAUUGGAAAGCAGUUAAUGAUGAUCCAACCGAUUUCACAGGAUGGACUUAUUUAUUACAAUAUGUGGACCAAGAAAAUGAUAUGGAAGCUGCUAGAGAGGCUUAUGAUGCCUUCUUGUCUCAUUAUCCAUAUUGUUAUGGUUAUUGGCGGAAAUAUGCAGAUUAUGAAAAAAGAAAGGGCAAUAAAAAGAAAUGUGAAGAGGUAUUCGAACGAGGACUAAAGGCGAUACCUUUAUCAGUCGACCUCUGGAUCCAUUAUUUAACCUACGUAAAAACGACUAGAACGGAAGAUGAAGACUUUAUUAGAUCUCAAUUCGAGAGAGCCCUGCUAGCGUGUGGACUGGAAUUUAGAUCCGACAGAUUGUGGGAUUCCUAUAUCAAAUGGGAAACCGAAGGAAAAAGAUUACAGAAAGUUACGGCUUUAUAUGACAAAUUACUUGCUAUCCCUACUCAAGGAUAUGUUGCACAUUUCGACAAUUUCCAAGAGCAUAUCACUUCGAACGCGCCAAACAAAGUAUUAGAUGUAGACGAAUUUCUUGCUUUGCGCAAGGAAGUUAGACAGCAACUCAAACAUGACGUCGCUACCGAUUCCCCUGCAGCUGAUAGUGACGCUCCGCCCGGUGACGAAGACCAAACAAAAGUUAUUAGUUCCGAUGAGGAAACAAAAGCGCUAAGAGAAAGAAUCAUUUCGAUACGCAGAAAACUCCAUAAAAAUACAGUAAAUGCAGUCACUGCACGAUGGAAUUAUGAAGAAGGGAUAAAAAGGCCAUACUUCCAUGUUAAACCAUUGGAAAGAUGUCAACUCAAAAACUGGCAGGACUAUUUAGAUUAUGAAACUGAACAGGGAGACAGAGGAAGAAUAAUAGUGUUAUUUGAAAGAUGUCUCAUCGCCUGUGCCCUAUAUGAAGAAUUUUGGUUAAAGUUUGUGAAUUACUUGGAGAAUUUAAAAGACCCAGAACUUAUACCUAAAAUAAGAGAUGUUUAUGAACGCGCUUGCACCAUCCAUCAUUUAAAAAAACCUAAUCUUCAUCUCCAGUGGGCGAUGUUUGAAGAGUAUGUUGAUAAUCCUAAUAGAUCAGCUGAAAUAUUGGUUAAUUUAGAAAAGUCCGUACCUAACGUAUUACAAAUUGCAUAUAGAAGAAUAAAUUUGGAAAGACGUCGAGGAGAUACUGAGAAAUGUUGUCAACUGUAUGAACAUUACAUAAAUACUUCAAAGAACAAAAUAAUCGCUAGUAGUAUUGCUAUUAAAUAUUCUAGGUUUACAUAUAUGAUUAUUAAGGACCUCGAAAAAGCACACGCAAUAUUAAAAUCUGCGAUUGUUAAAGAUCGAAAUAAUCCAAGGCUUUAUCUGCAGCUUAUCGAUCUUACUUUACAGAAGCCGGGCGUCACUGAAAAAGAGGUUACAGAAGUGAUAGAUUUAUUUUUAAAUAAAGAAAGUACAGAUCCUGAGCAGAAAAUUUUGUUUGCUCAAAGGAAGUUGGAAUACUUGGAAGAUUUCGGUACAGAUAUCAAAUCUGUCCAAGAAGCUCACGAUCAAUAUAUGAAAUUGAUGAAAUUGACAAAGGAUGCGUUGAAGAAAAAAGAAACAAAAGCAGAUGCCACAACAGCUUCAUCAAAGGCAAAAGAAACUAAAACAGCAACAACGAUUUCUCAGUCAAGCUCUUACAGUAGUUAUGGUACAUAUGGUAAUUCAUCUAGCCAACCUCCAUACCCUCCUUACUCUGGAAGUCAACAAGGUCCAAAUUAUUAUCCUCAAUAUGGACAAGGUGAUCAAUACCAAUAUCAAAACUGGCAGUAUCCUCAGGGAAAUUACGCAGGCUAUAACCAGUGGGGUAGUUAUGGUAGUGGGUAUGGAUACUAGUUACCAGAAGAAAUUCUAGCUGUAUCUUUAAAAAAUUUUAAUCGAAAGUCACGUCGAUAACAUUGUAUUGUCGUAAUUUUACAAGAAAACUCUAAUUAAUUUUAAGUAACUUGGGAUUAUUUUUGGCGUUAAACGUAAAUUCUUUAUUUGAUGUUUUAUUUUUCAAUAUUUUCAGAUAAUGUGACACCAUAAAACUAAUUCUUCGGUUGCAUGUAGAUAUUUGUGAAUAUUAAUUGAAAAAACUUCAACUGCAAUCGUGCGUAAACUGUAAUUGAUCUUAUUCAAAUGUAGAGUUACAUUUUGUAUGUUAUUUUUUAAUUUUUAGAUCGCCCAUUUUGUGUCUUAAUAAACGCAUAAAAAUUA